GGAUUGAGUGCUGGAGGUUGCGGACGCAUGUUUUUGGCAGCGAGACGGCGGCCGAGGUUGCGCUGAAAAGGGGUCGUCGGAGGAUCAUGAUGGCGAGCGCUUGCUGUGAAGAGGCGUCGGAUCGCACACGGCUGGAUGUCGAAGCCGUGUUCGUGAACUUUUCGGACGCUCGACGGAAGAGCCAAGACAGGGCUUGGCGCGGUGCUCGUCGACAUAGCCCCUCCAACAUUGACAACUCACAGCUCCCAAUCCACGACUCGCAAUAGUAGAGAGUCUCCUAUUGCGUCCACCAUCACCAUGCCGACCCCCGAAGUGCACCACCUCUUCCACAGCCCCAUUGCGGACCACUCCUUCUCCGCAGACCGCCAGACGCUCGCCGUGGCCCGCGACAUCAACGUCGAGUUGUACCAGAAGACGGGCGAUGGCUUCACGCUGAAGGAUGAGCUGACCGGCCAUGACAAGACCGUCACUGGUGUCGACAUUGCCCCCAACUCGGGCAAGAUUGUCACAUGCUCUCAAGACCGUAACGCCUAUGUCUGGGAACCCUCGCCGCAAGGCUGGAAGCCCACACUCGUGCUUCUCCGCAUCAACCGCGCUGCCACGUGUGUCCGCUGGGCACCCUCGGAGACCAAGUUCGCAGUCGGCUCAGGUGCCCGCCUGGUUCCUGUCUGCUACUUCGAAGAGGAAGACAACUGGUGGGUGUCCAAGCACAUCAAGAAGCCCAUCCGCUCCACCGUCACCGCUGUUGCCUGGCACCCCAACUCUGUCCUGCUGGCUGCUGGAUCGACUGACGGCCACGCUCGCGUGCUGUCUUCCUUUGUCAAGGGUGUGGAUGCGCGACCAGAGCCCUCCGCAUGGGGGGAGCGACUGCCCUUUAACACCGUCUGCGGCGAGUUCUUGAACAACACCGCUGGAUGGGUGCACAGCGUUGCAUUCUCUCCCUCUGGCGAUGCUCUCGCCUUCGCGUCCCAUGACAGCACACUCACUGUCGUGUACCCCAGCGCUCCCGAGCAGCCUCCUCGCGCCAUCCUCAGCAUCAGCACCCAAGUCCUGCCCUUCAUGUCGCUUGUGUGGAGCUCCGAGUCGGAGAUCAUCGCUGCUGGCUACAACUGCGAAGCCUACCGCCUGCAGGGCUCCGAGGAGGGAUGGAAGCUUGCCGGCUCUCUCGAGUCCAAGGGUCGUCCUGGUCUGACGGAGCACCGCGAGGAAAGCGCGCUGAACAUGUUCAGGCAGAUGGAUCUCAAGGGCAAGUCUGGCGGCUCCGAGGACACCAAGCUCAAGACUGUGCACCAGAACACUAUCAACACGAUCCGCAGUUUCGAGGAAAGCGAUGGCAAGGUGACCAAGAUCAGCUCGACUGGUGUCGAUGGAAGGGUGGUUAUUUGGGCUGUGUAGAUACGGACCAUGAUUUGGCCUUGGGUGUUGCACACACAUAGUAGGAGUCGAUUUAUAUCUUCGUCUAUAAUUCAAGAAAUCACUAUCAC